AUGUUCAGAAUAAUCUCUCGCUCUGUUGUUGCCAACGCUCGGCCUAUCCACUCCACUGCCGUUGCGAGGAUUACCGUGACAGAGAAAGUAACUGAAGUAGCAGACAAGGUUAACAAGAAAGUGGGCAAGGGACUCGCGGACGCUAUUGGUGCUGGGCAAGAAGCUGCGGCAAAGACGAAAGAAACUUUCGACUCCGCAUCCGAGACGGCGAAGGAGAAGGCUGGAAGUGCUGCCGCCACUGCUGAACAGAAGAAGAACCAGGCGACAAGCGCAGCCCGUGAAGCCAAAGAUGACUUGAAAAAAGCCUCCAAACGGUCCUUCCAGGUCGUCUAUCAGCUCUUACUAGGUAAACCCAACCAAGACCUUGAAGGCAGAGUUUUUUCUCCCCUUCCACGAGUACACCACUGUAUGCCAGGAGACGAACUCCAAGAUGCCAACCCUAAUGAGAUAGAGUCCAAUUGGGACCAAGUCAUUGACAGCUUCGAUGGUAUGGAUUUAAAGCCCGAAUUGCUUCGUGGCAUCUAUGCAUAUGGUUUCGAGCGUCCUUCCGCCAUUCAACAACGUGCGAUUCUGCCCGUUGUUAAAGCACACGAUGUUAUCGCCCAAGCCCAGUCUGGUACUGGCAAGACGGCCACUUUUUCCGUGUCCAUCUUGCAGCGCCUUGAUGCCGAUAUCAAGGGCACUCAGGCACUCAUCCUUGCUCCUACUCGCGAGCUUGCGCUGCAAAUCCACAAGGUCGUUGUCGCUCUUGGCGACUACAUGAAUGUCUCGAGUCUUGCAUGUGUUGGCGGGACCAAUGUUCGUGAAGACAUGAAAAAGCUUCAAGAGGGUAUUCAGGUUGUCGUCGGCACUCCCGGUCGUGCUUCGGACAUGAUCAAGCGUGGAUCCCUGCGCACCGACCACAUCAAGAUUCUCUGUCUCGAUGAGGCUGACGAGAUGCUGUCUCACGGUUUCAAGGACCAAAUCUACGAAGUCUUCCAACUUCUUCCCGGCGACACUCAAGUUGCCCUUUUCUCGGCCACCAUGCCUGCUGAGGUCCUUGAAGUCUCCAAAAAGUUCAUGCGUGACCCUGUCCGCAUCCUCGUCAAGCGUGAUGAACUUACCCUCGAAGGUAUCAAGCAGUUCUAUAUUGCCGUCGAAAAGGAGGAGUGGAAAUUAGACACCCUCUGCGAUCUCUACGAAACGAUUACCAUCACCCAGGCCGUUAUUUUCUGCAACACCCGUCGCAAGGUCGACAUGCUUACCGAGCAGAUGCUCUCCCGCGAGUUCACUGUCUCUGCCAUGCAUGGAGAUAUGGAGCAGAAGCAGCGUGAGGUCCUCAUGAAGGAGUUCCGCACUGGCUCAACCCGUGUCCUCAUCACCACCGAUCUGCUUGCUCGUGGUAUCGAUGUCCAACAGGUUUCGCUCGUCAUCAACUACGACUUGCCUACCAACCGCGAGAACUACAUCCAUCGUAUUGGCCGUGGCGGUCGUUUCGGUCGUAAGGGUGUCGCUAUCAACUUUGUCACCACCAACGAUGUUGCUAUGCUCCGUGACAUUGAACAGUUCUACAACACUCAGAUCGAUGAGAUGCCCCUCAAUGUCGCAGAUCUUAUCUAG